ACCUCUUCACCUCUGGCUUACAGGUGUUCGUGACGUCUUCACCUCUGACCUACAGCUGUUCGGGACGUCAUCACCUCUGACCUACAGCUGUUCGGGACGUCAUCACCUCUGACCUACAGGUGUUCGUGAUGUCUUCACCUCUGACCUACAUGUGUUCGUGACGUCAUCAGCUCUGACCUACAGGUGUUCGUGACGUCAUCACCUCUGACCUACAGGUGUUCGUGACGUCUUCACCUCUGACCUACAGGUGUUCGUGACGUCUUCACCUCUGACCUACAGGUGUUCGUGACGUCUUCACCUCUGACCUACAGGUGUUCGUGACGUCACUACACACGACUCGCACUGACUUGAGCGUGAUCACCCUUGAGUACCGGGACCACUCACUCCCUCCUUCACCCACUCCUCCCGCAGGUGACGUCCCUCUGGCAGCGCCCUGGUAACCUGCAGCAUCAUGAGGGUGUUGUCUGUGGUGCUGGUGACGGCCACACUGCUGCUGGGUGCCGCCCUCGCCCGUCCUCAGCUGACUGGGGGACUAGUGAAUAAUCUGACAGUGGCGCUGCAACAAAUGCUAGCACGAGUGGUGUGUGUGUGGGAGGAGAAGUGCGUGGCCCACACCGUCAGCGCCUGCUUCAGAGACCAGCGGGAGGCAAGCGAGGUGUUGGUGGCCUUCACUCAGUGUAGGAGUCUGGUCGCUGCUGCCCUCUACACCAACCCCGGUAAAGCAGGGGAGGUGGCAGCUGGCAGGCAGAUGGAAAGAUGUUUACAGAACGAAACCAACAAGGGUAUCACCUUCCUGGACUGUGUUGCUCAAGCUUAACCUGAAGCCUCGCCUCCUGCAUGUCAUGCUGUUCCACGUCUCAGCUGUUCCGUGUCUCAGCUGUUCGGCAUCUCAGUUGUUCCUCGUCUCAGCUGUUCCACGUCUCAGCUGUUCCUCGUCUCAGCUGUUCCACGUCUUAGCUGUUCCGCGUCUUAGCUAUUCCACGUCUCAGCUGUUCCACGUCUCAGCUGUUCCUCGUCUCAACUUAUUCAACCAAUCAGCUGUUUCACAUCUCAGCUGUUCCUCAUUUCAACUGUUCCACGUCUCAACUGUUCCACAUCUCAGCUGUUCCUCAUCUCAACUGUUCCACAUCUCAACUGUUCCUCAUCUCAACUGUUCCACAUCUCAACUGUUCCACAUCUCAACUGUUCCUCAUCCCAACUGUUCCACAUCUCAACUGUUCCACAUCUCAACUGUUCCACAUCUCAACUGUUCCACAUCUCAACUGUUCCACAUCUCAACUGCUCAGCGAAUCAGUUUUUACUAAUCAAAUUACAUCUUCCCACAAAUAAAAAAUAAAAUUACCCCAAGUAAAAAAAAA